GCUCCCGGGCCGCAGAGGGGGCGGGGCGGGACGUGCGGGGGCGCGCACGCAUCCCGCUCGCGGUGCGCGCGCAGGUCGGUGCGUCAGUCGGGGGCGCGCUCGGGUAACCUGUACCCCCACGUAGUCGCCGGUUACCGAUCGGACUAAGUUCCAGUGGUGAUUUGCAAGUCAAGCUAAAAUGUCCCCAGAAGUGGCCUUGAACCGAAUUUCUCCAAUGCUCUCCCCAUUCAUAUCUAGUGUGGUCCGCAAUGGAAAAGUGGGACUGGAUGCUACGAACUGUUUGAGGAUAACUGACUUGAAGUCUGGCUGCACAUCAUUGACUCCUGGACCCAACUGUGACCGAUUUAAACUGCACAUACCAUAUGCUGGAGAGACAUUAAAAUGGGAUAUCAUUUUCAAUGCCCAAUACCCAGAGCUGCCCCCUGAUUUCAUCUUUGGAGAAGAUGCUGAAUUCUUGCCAGAUCCCUCGGCUCUGCAUAACCUUGCCUCCUGGAACCCUUCAAACCCUGAAUGUCUGUUGCUUGUGGUGAAGGAGCUCGUGCAACAGUACCACCAGUUCCAGUGCGGCCGCCUCCGGGAGAGCUCCCGCCUCCUGUUUGAGUACCAGACGCUGCUGGAAGAGCCUCAGUACGGAGAGAACAUGGAAAUUUACGCCGGGAAGAAGAACAACUGGACUGGUGAAUUUUCAGCUCGUUUCCUUUUGAAGUUGCCAGUGGAUUUCAGCAAUAUUCCUACAUACCUUCUCAAGGAUGUAAAUGAAGACCCUGGAGAAGAUGUGGCCCUCCUUUCUGUCAGUUUUGAGGACACCGAAGCCACUCAGGUGUAUCCCAAGCUGUACUUGUCACCCCGAAUUGAACAUGCCCUUGGAGGCUCCUCAGCUCUGCAUAUCCCAGCCUUUCCCGGAGGAGGAUGUCUCAUUGAUUAUGUGCCGCAAGUGUGCCAUCUACUCACCAACAAGGUGCAGUAUGUGAUUCAAGGGUACCACAAAAGAAGGGAGUAUAUUGCUGCUUUCCUCAGUCACUUCGGCACAGGCGUCGUGGAAUAUGAUGCAGAAGGCUUUACAAAACUCACUCUGCUGCUGAUGUGGAGAGAUUUCUGUUUUCUUGUGCACAAGAACUUGCUUGCCCACAGCAACCCCUGGCUGAGAUGGCAGAUGAGCCGAAAUGCCCCUGAGGAGAAACUCCUUCCAGAAUGUCAGAAACAAGCAGUAAAUAUAAUUGGUAGCACUUGCAGUGGGAAGAACCUGGACUCCAGACCCAGAUGGGCCGGGAGUAGCCCGUCUUCUUCAUGGCUACAAUCGACCUGCCCCUGUUUUUCCCUCGGGACCAGCCAACUCUCACAUUCCAGUCCGUCUAUCAUUUUACCAACAGUGGACAGCUUUAUUCCCAGGCCCAAAAAAAUUAUCCAUACAGCCCCAGAUGGGAUGGAAAUGAGAUGGCCAAAAGAGCAAAGGUCUCCAAGCCCCUUCUGCAGAACACACUGAUUGUUAACAACGUGUGAUCGCGCCUCCCCGCGGUGGCAGGACAGAGGGACGGCUGAGGAGCCAACCUUCCGUCCCUGUCGUGAGCGGCCCGAGGUGCCACUAAACAUCUUCUCAGAGCCCUGCAGGGUUCGUCGCUGACCCCGUCUUGCUGCUGAAAGAGCAUCGAGGAUGGUCAGAGCCGCCACCACCGCCUUCCCACGCUGCCGCCGCCUGGGCUUGCCCUCACUUAAUACAGGAAGAGCCGAGACACAGAGAAGUUAAGUGGCUUGCUCAAGGUCACAUGGAUAUCUUGGAAGCAUAAGAGAUUGUCGGUAUAAAUCUUCCUGUUACAGGUGAGGAAACUGAGUCCCAGUUCCAGAGGCCACAACAAGCCAAAGCCUGGACUAGAGCCCAUGUCUUCUGUUCAUGCUUCAGGACUCUUUCCACUUGACCCACUGACUCCCCCUUACGGUACAUACUGCCCUGAACAGAAGAUCUCUUGGGGGACCCAGCCCACUUUGAUACCCCCACCCUGGGCACCCGGAGCCCCGGGAUUCUUACACGUCCCUCUAGUUCCCAGCCGCCGCCCCCUCCCCGACCAAGCCUUUGACUGGAGCCUGGCCCAGGGGCACGGCUUGGGCAGAAGACAGCAGAGGCUGCAGGUGCCCUUCAGCACACGGUGCAGCCCUCGAUGACCCAGCCGUGCGACUAGCAGCUCUGGCCCGGAUUUCAGGAGACGCACGGCCUCCUGACAAGUUACCCAAGAAGCCACGGCGGAAAGGAUGAGCUGAGGGCGGGACCCAAGGCCCGCUUCUUCCACACAGGGGCUCCCUCUUCUGCAGCCACACAUGCUGUAGCUGUUCCCACAGACUCACAGCCUCUGCCCUCGGACCCAGCUUGGUCUCCAUGGGAACAGUUGACCUCUAUUGAUCAUCUCUUAAGCCAGGCACCAGGCCAAGGCUGACUUGGACCAUCUCAUUUAAUCCUCGUGAGGAUUACCCUUUGAGGCAAUUUAAGGUUAUUUUUCCCCUUUGAUAGUUGAAGAAAUUAAAGCUAAAGGGGUGAGUCACUUGCCCAAGUGAUACAACCAAUAAGGAGCAGGGCCGGGCCCGGAGCCCAGGUGUGGCAGGCUCCGGCGAGCACACCACACUCACCACCUUGUCCUUCACGGCCCACAGCCGACAGGGCCUGCAAGGUCACCAGGCUCAGCUCCCUGCUUGGUACAUGAGGAAUCUGAUGCCUGGAGAGAGGAGAGAUUUCCUGCUGAGCACCCCGUUCCCUGACUCCUGGUCGGAGGGGUCUGUCUACCUCGCUCCCUGCCGUGCCUGGGAGCCAACGCCUGGCCGAGAGCCACUCCGGCUCUGAAUUCGUGGAAAACCUACCCAGCUUCGCUUUCGGCCUGGGGUCAGUUCUUGAAGUUUCAUUCUUCUCACCUGAGACUCUGGGAUUGGCCUGAGCUCUGAUUUUAUAACACCCAGAGCAGAGGGACUACAACCAGUGAAGACGGUCAGAACCUUAUUUUGUCCUGAGGCAUAUUUAGCUCGAAUUUGGUCUAAAAAUAAAUUCCCUUCCAGCGUGAGUAGAUAGAAUGAUGAGUUUGACUGACUCAGGGCCUCUCUCCCCUUGGCUCGUCUUGGCCGUGGGCGGGAGGUGAGGAGACCGGCCCUCCCCGACCUGCCGCCCACCACACUUUAAAGCUCGCCAUACGUUCUGUCUUUGGGUCAAAGUUUUUUAAAAGGUGACCGAUAACUAGUGCCUUUGGCAAGCUAUACCCUGGGCAGGUCUCCGUUUUCUCUGAUAAAGAGUGAAAUAAAUGACAACAGUACAUAAAGAAAAAAUUAAAAAAUCUGUAAAUGGGUGGGAGCCCAGUGUCAUUUUCCCCUUCGCCCUCCUCCCUCUCCCUGAAGUGACUUCGUGAGGAGCCCAGGGGAGAGCACUCCCGGACAACAGCUGGGAGCCUCAUGCCUCUCAGCAGCCCUUCUCCGCGCUGCUUCCCCUUGGCGGCACGCGGCUCGCCGUGGCAGGGAAAGCCCAGGGCAGAACGGGAAACUUCAGAACUUUCUGAAGAAGGAGAGCGCUUACUCUAAAGCAGGUUCCCUCUUGCC